AUGAAAGCCCUACAUCAGUUGAUCGCACCCAAUGCGAGCAGUCUCAAGGAGAGCGAGCUCUUGCUUGAAAUCAACAAUAGGGGAAAUGCAGAUUAUUGUCGCGGUGUCAAGCGGCAGUGUCUUUCAGUUCAGAGAAUCUCCGGCAUGGAUGAUGACGCAGCCCCCAGUGUACGCGGCAGGUCGUUUCUAGAAACAAAAUGGGAGUCUGAAAAUUCGCGCAAGCGACGCAAACUCCCUGCGACAACGAACAGCAUGGACGACCACAUGAUCUCCGAUGACCCGCAGGACAAAAAGGACGAGGACAUGGCCGAAAUCGGGGAAUCCCCGGGUGGGACCACGUCAAACGGGGACAGUGCUGUGCAGGAACCUGAGGAAACCGGCGAAUCCCCGACGCAUACCCCGGGCCCCUGCGCUGUCGGGGCAGCCUAUCCCGACAUGCUACAUGGUGAGCCUGAUUGCCUGACAAACAAAGAGUGUGGGGUGAACGUGAACAUAAAUGCCCGCGAUACUAUCGUCCAGGACGAAGUCCGCGAGCUUCAACCCACAGUCGCUGCAGACGGUGCAGCUGCUACCGAAAAUGCCCUGGAUGUAGGGACGGCGGCCGAUGAAGAAGAGCUGCAGCCAGAUGUAGCUACUGUUACUCCAGGCGGGGAAAGCAAGGAUACGAUAGCAAUCCCAGCAGGAAUGUCAGCCGCGCAAGAGUCGAGACUCGUCCGAUCGGCACUACGCAGUUCUCUGGAUGGAGAUGAUACAGCACUGCUGAAUAACUUUCUAUCCAAGGCCAAAGCGAAACGCGAAGCCAAGGCAGCCGCAGAGGCCGAGGUGGCGGCAACAAUUAUUGCUUCAGAUUCCGAGGAGAAGGAGCUGGAGCAGCCUUUGCAAUCCCAGAAGGUUCUCGUUGAAAUUCCCACCCCCGAGCGCCGUGUGCUAGAAGACCUAGAUGCGAACACAUCGUCACCCCAGAAGUCACCCUCUAAGCCAGCCGAGAAAAAUGAGAACGUGGGCGACAAUGACUCUGCCAGUCCAGUUACUCGUCGGAGCACGAGAGUAAGAUCGCUCCAGAGAGCAGUCGCGCCGAGUUUACGGACGACCCUCUCGCUCCGUCGCGCCAGGGGAAAUGAGUUUGUCUUCCUUCAGCGAACCGAAGCGCAAGAAACGGCUCUGGCAACCCGGCGUAACACCAAGCAGAACAAAGGAGAUGCGUUGAUGCCAAAAUUCAAGCUGCAGGAGUUGGCUCGCCAAACUCCAGAAUCGAAUUAUAGCACCUUCAGCGACGGUCCUAGAAAGAGCAACAAACCAAAGAAAUACGUUACGUGGAACGAAGAACGUCUCGUCGAGUAUGAGGGCGAUGUGUUAGGAAGCGACGACGAACUCGCCGGCGGCAGCCAGAAUCUCAAGGCCACGACAGCAUCAAAGCCAAACCCCGCCGAGAGAAAAAGGGGGGCAGCCAGUAGUAGCCGCAGUUCUCUGUCGCAGGGGUCUCUCAAGAUUGGUGCUAGCGCAAAGCCCGCGGCUCCAGCUGCAGCAACUACUGCACCUCCUACUGCAGCUCGGGGCCGUCGCGUGCGGCGGUUGGGACCACCAAAGCCACUUGAAUCCACCGUCAUGAUUGACUCGAACGACUCGGCGUCAUCGCCGCCGUCGCCCAACACCGCUGCAGGCUCAACACCCGUUGCGCAGAGGAAAAAGCUGACGCCCAAAUCGCCGAAGACCAGUCUGAGCAGGACCGCUCUGAAAGUUCCUGCCGCCGCUGCCGCUACUAGUAAUACUGAGUUGCCCUCACUGCUGAGCGGCGGGCGCUCAGUCAAGACAAAUCUUCUCAAAGUCAAUGCGGGCUCCACCCCGAUGCCGAGGCGUGUUCGCCGAGCUUAA